AGUGUUCAGUUAGUCAUUAACUUCAGACUAUAAAGCUGAGAGAACGUCAGGGUGAGGACGAGUUCGUCACAACCUUCACACUGAGAAAGUUGUAUUUUUUUCCCUGGGUGUCGGAGAGCAGCGAUGAGUGACAAUGAAAAUGAGAGUGAAAUUUCUUUCUCUGUUAAAUUCCUCGGCCGUAUCGAGGUCGUGCGUCCGACCGGGAUGGAGAUUCUGAUGGAGGCGGCAGAAGCACUGCAGAUGGAGAACAAGAAAAAGAAUAAAGUUCACCUUUUUCUCUCCAGAAGUUCCAUCGACAUCCUGGAAUAUAAGACUAAAUUCAUGCUGCACUCCUGCACUCUCUCGUCCAUGUCUUUCUGCGCUGUUCAUCAGUUUCAGCCCAAACUGUUCGGCUUCAUAGCGAAACACCCGGCUCUCUACUCACACCACUGCUACGUCUUCCAGAGCAAAAAGUUUUCUCACCUGCUGGUGUCGGUGAUUGGAGACGCGUUCCAGGCCAGCAGACACUCGGACAACGUGAGGGGAAGUCGUGACCUGGUGGUGGAGGCCCUCAGACACAAGAAUAAAAUUCUGCAAAGGGAAAAUGCAGAAUUAAGGAAGAAACUGCAGGAGAAAGGAGAAAUGGACAGCACUGAAGAGGAAACUGAUCACUCUGAUACAGAGCAACGCACAUCACAUGUGAGAUUCAACUCAGGCAGUGACACAACUGCUUUGCUGAGGAACAUCUAAGUGUGUGUGUGUGUGUGUGUGUGUGUGUGUGUGUGUGUGUGUGUGUGUGUGCGUGCGUGCACAGCUCAGCACAUCAAUUUAUUUCAUAAUGAAAACACCACAAACACAUCUCACAUUAACUGAAUGAAAACAGUGACACUCUAUUAAUCACAAUACAGCAGUAAACACACUAUGAUAUACACACAAUGAUACACACACAAUGAAACACACAGCAAUAAACACACAAUGAAACACACACUAAUAAACACACAAUGAUACACACACAGCAAUAAACACACAAUCAUACACACAGUAAUAAUCUUACAGCAUGGCAGUGUGAUAAAUUGUAAUAUAUUAUUAUUUAAAUGCUUAUUAAAUAACACUAUAAUGUAAUUUUACACUCCAGCAUUACUCUGUGUGUUCUCUCUGAUUUACACUGAUGAUGUGGUAAAUAUAAUCUUUUCUUUGUUUGUAUUAAAAUUGUUGAUUUAUAUAAUAUACCUGACUGUACGGAACACACUGUUAUACAGCAGAAAUAAAAUCAGAACCUUCUAGAACAUUUAAUCAGGUUUGAUGAAAAGUAUUGAGCUGUAAAAUGAGUUAAAACUGUGUUCAAUAAUUCUGUGUUCACUAACUACAUUUACAGUUCAGUUCAGCACUGAGGUGGAGGUGUGUGUGUGUGUGUGUGAGGACUGGGGAGUCAAAAACCUGUAAUGAUGUCACAUGACUGAAUGAUGAUUUUAUUUUUACUCUUUAAAAAAAGUCAUAAAUUUCCUCAGCUCAUUGUUAACAUAUAACUUGUAGUACACUAUACAUCCAAUAAAGACCAAUAUAUAACA